AUGGAAAUCCGUAUACGACAUUACUCAAUCGUGAUUAAUUGUGUUAUUUUGAUCCCAUGUUUGCUGGCAAAGCCGUUUUCUUUGAACGAGGCCAUUGCCGAAGAAGUGCGAGGAAAGCAAUCUUUGGACACGUCAUCCCAGUCAGCGGGUAUCUUAACCCAACAAGAACCAACAUCCCCUGUAAUAAUACCAAAAGUUCAAUCAUCCAAGGCGGGAGUAAAUUCUGUACCCGAUAAUAAGAUACCUUCCCUACAAUACAAAAGAACCUUUAAAAUAAGGACUCCUAUUAAACCGAAACGAUUAAAAAGACAACAAAAACUGUUUUACAGAAACAAAAAUAAGACUGCUAAAGGGGCAAUAGAGAGCGAUGAAAUAUUCAACAGUAAAUAUAUUCCACUGCUUAAAAGUCUUACUCUGCUGUUUGAUCAUAUUCUUAAUACAGACACAAGCGAGUCCUAUGAACUUGCAACAAAUGAAAACGAAAAACAUGAUCGCAUUUCCGAAAAUAACGAAGCACAGUGCUCCUGCACAUUUACACCAAAUACAAACGCUGAAAAGCUUGAGUCGCAAGAAACGACAACUACUCCUCUCACGACUUUCACCGUUAAGAUCCCGGACAUCGAGACUGACAUCACUACCAAGGCUACCACCUCCCCGGCCCAUAAUACUGCCUCUGUAGGAGAAACAAUAAUGGACUCCGUAAGAGAAGCGGCACCACAGAUUACGGAAGCUUUGAAAGACAUCUCGCCGGGGAUUAUGGAGAUAAUGAACGUUAUGCCGGACACGCAGAAAAUGCGACCGUUUCACAAUAUCAUGAAGAAUAUCCCAAUAGCACUCCACGAAACUAUGCAAGUAGCCAUGAAUCCUCUAGAAGAAUAUCCAGAAAAUAUACCCGAAAUCCAGACGCUAGAAGAACCCUUCAAGAUCAAAUCUAUGCGGCAGAAGAAAAUACCCGCGAAGAAAUUGGACGAAACAUAUUUGAAGGACAAAAUCAACUUGAGAUUAGAGGACACGAAACAGAAAGCACAAUAUCUAUACCAAACAUUGAUUCAGGACUACGACGACAUACAAUCGAAGGUGAGACCAAUAAAACAAAACCAACUUCUACCUACAAAGAUUAUGAAAAAAGCAACAACAAUAUCACAUUCAAUAGCACCAGUCAUAAACGAUUCCUUAGCAGAGAUGGCUCACAUACCGCAGAAAAUAAAAAAAUUCGUAGAGCAAAUGAAACAG